AACGUAGAGCAUGUGUGUUGUAUACGGUAGUGUUGUGUCUUCUGUUUCGUGGCGUUUUUGUUCGACAGCGGCAGUAAGUAUAUAUACCGCUGCUACACAGUGUCACAUGGUUUAGUUCUAACCUCUGGACAGUCUGUGUGCAGCUGUUACAUCCCAAACCUGCUGAAUGAAACGUGCUGUGUUUGAAAAAUGAGUCACGCUGACAUGGAGGCGGAAGAAGCUGAAUGGACCAAGGCAAACGUCCAGAAGCUUCUUGCUGCAAUGAAAACCAGCAUUCCAGAAAGUGAGAGAACGAUCGCUUAUAACCGAGGACUGAAAACUCUAGACUGGGAGAAAGUGGCUUUCCCUCCUUUUUCUCCCGAGGAAUGUCAACAAAAGUGGAGAGAGAUAUUUCUGAAGAUGCGGAAGGCUCGCAGCCUCACAGAACUUAUUGUUGAAGCUGAAGAAGUCAUUUCUGAUCCUGUCAAGAACAAAAAGAUCCAUCCAGCGUUCCUGAAGAGACCCAGGCCCGUAACUGCCAUCUAUUUCUCUGAAAACUAUUCCAAGCUUCAGAAGCAGCAUCCAGGGAUGAAAAACUCGGGUUUGAUGAAGAUCGCGAUCAAGCAGUUCAAGAAGCUUCCAGAUAAAAAGAAGGCUCCGUAUGUGGAUCAAUUCAAGAAUUCAUUUAAAGAAUACACUGAAAAGAAGCUGGAAAUAAGGUAG